UUUCUGAAUAGCGUCCCCAUGACUCACCUCAAUGCACGGAAUCGAUUGAUGAAGGUGAUUUUUUGGCGGCUUGUAUGUGCUGGUGAUAUCAGCAUUAAAAUAUGUUUUGAAAAAGGAAACAAAACAGCCUCUGAAAUGCAUGCAACUGCAAGCCAUAGUGAAAGCCAACAUAGCAAUUUGUUCAGGGUUGAGGGAAGUGCAGAGCCACUCUGCUGCUGUGAAUAUGUUAACAUGGAAGGGGAAAAGUCACAUAUUCUUGCAGUCUGCUGUGAUUGUGAAGCAGUUGAUGACACAUGUGACAGGUGGAUCAAGCGCCUUUCAGUUCCUGAGUCCAACUACGACCGAAUCCAGGCAACAGUAGCAGACAGAUUAAGAAUACCAUGGUUUGGUGGUGCCAGACCAUGCUCAUGGGAGCUGCUUGUUUCCAUCAUCUCUACACCCCUGUUGAUGCUUCUUUCCACUCUCAGCACAGCUGCAUUAUACGUUUGC